AUGUCGCAGGGGGAGGACGGUGGCUAUUUGUCCGCAGAGGACGUCCAAAGCGUUCAAGUGUUCUUUGUAAAGUGCCAGGACUUCUGUCAUUUUGAUGCCAAUGGCGCUCGCCUUCGAUCUAUCAUUGAAGCCAAUUUGCCUUGGACACUCCAAUUUGACACCUUUCACGUGGCAAGCCCUGCCGAGAAUGUGAAGACUAAGCCGAAGCUCAAGAGUUGGAAGGCUGCCAUUGUGGGCGCACAUCCUUCAUUGUGUGCUGACAUCGCCCAUGCUGUGGAUCGAGCCUUGGGGGGACAAAGUGAACAUCAAUAUUUUGGCCUUAGCUGCCCUGGGCACCACUCUGCUUCUCAUCACUGUACUUUUCGUUGUGAGGUGCUUGGCCAAUGCUCCAAUGAUGCAAUGUUCGACCGGAUUCUGGGGCAAAUGCUGAAUUGGGGAGAGUUCACAGAAAGACCCUUUGACCCUAAAGUUCUCCUGAACGAGUUGCGCAAGAUUGUUUCGUCCAGCAAGUUUCUAUCCUCGGCCGACUUGCAGAUUUGCACAGGGCCAUAUGUUCUAUGUCAUAUGAUGCAGUUGAUCCUUGACGUGCCACUGUUGGUGUAUUUGGGCUUAACCCUGACCUAUUUGGCAGCGGAAAACGUGGAAGAAUUGCUGCUCUCUGCAAGAUCCAUUGCAUCAGACUUCACGAACUUGGCAGGUGCAGUGGGUCCUCGACGUAGAGCGCUUGUCGUCACUGACCUGAUCCGAGCAGCCCAGUUCCACCAUGCAACUGGAGUAUGGGUCCCCGCUCUUCCUCCAUUGUCGUUCUAUCAUGCAGAUCCAGCUCAAGGAGGACGCCACCAUCGUGCCAAAAGAGUUGAAGCAAUCGCACUUCGACCUGAACUUUGGCGCCGCGCUGCGUUUGGUCCUGGACUUCGUGGAUUGCUGCGGCACUUCUGUAAUUCCAACACGGGUGUUGUACUUUGGCGUGCUUUCAUUGCACACAUUUUGACUUGUAUCGCGCCUGGCGGCAGAGGCAUUUCAAACUCAUUUCUUGCCGCUCAGAAGAAUACUUUCGUAUGA